AUGAAGGAGAGGAGGAGAGGACCCUUCAGCAUGUGUCGGAGCAUCAUCGAGGAAAUCGACACUCAUCAAGAACAGGGUUUGCUGCCGAGGCACAAGCUCUGA